AUGGCGCCGGCUGCCCUGCUCGUCUUCAGCGCGCUACUUACUAGGACGCUAUGUGUUAUCGCUCCACAGAUACCAGAUUUCAAGACCGGUGACAAGCAUGUGAUCAAAGGUCCGUUUUGGAGCGAGGUCUUCACGGAGGUAUAUGAAGACACGGAGGAAGACAUUUCAACCACGACUUCUGAACCUCUGCCAUUCUUUGAAGACGACCCAUCAACCAACAAUGUGACUGCGCAGUUAGGGAGCCGCGUGCAUUUGCACUGUCGAGUUCACGAUUUGGGUGAAAAGACUAUAUCUUGGGUCCGAAGACGUGGUGACGAUCUGCAUCUCCUCUCCUUCGGACGUCACACAUACUCGGCUGACUCGCGGUACUCCUUGGCCUUUGAGCACCCCAAUGACUGGCGCCUACUCAUACAGUACGUGAGCGAGAGGGAUGAGGGAUACUACGAGUGCCAAAUGUCCACUCACCCCCCACUUGUGAGAAGAGUUCACCUUUCUGUUGUUGUGCCAAAAGUGGAAAUAGUAGAUGAACGCGGUCGGCCGCUCCAAGACAAGUUCUACAAGGAAGGGUCGAUCAUUGAACUGAGGUGUGUUGUCAGCGAGGUGCCGCAGCCAGCGCGUCAGGUCAACUGGAAGCAUGGGGGAAGAUUGCUUAACUACGACACGAAGAGAGGAGGCGUCAGUGUCAAAACAGAAGCGACAUCUAACGGCGCCUUAUCAAGACUCUAUAUAGCAAACGCAAACAGAAACGAUUCAGGCAACUACACGUGCUCGUUAGCUGAUGUCGCGGCAUCUGCGGUGUCUGUACACGUACUCAGAGGUGAGAAUCCGCUAGCAAUGCAAAGAGGAGAGGCGUCUGCUUUAUAUCCAUCGGUCGUCUUGUUGGCCAGUUUCAUCAGCUGACAAAUAGCCAGCGCGUUAUGUACGCGCAACAACAUGUAAAAAUUAAUCUAAUUAUAAUAUAACUUAUAAUGUACCUAAUUAAGACAUUUUUUGUGGAAAUUUUGAGGUUGCGUUUUAAAUUAAUAUUUUAAAUUAGUAGUUAUAAUUAACAAAGUAUUGUUUUUCUUUUCUUCGAAGUGUGUCUGAUCAGAUUUUUUUUUCAAAUUCAGUUUACUUUACUUCAGUCUGUGAUACUAGUUUUGAUGGAUCCCAAAAAAAAAAAAAUUAUAAUCAACAUAGUACUAUAAAAAAAUAUUGAAGUGAUUACAAUAAUCACAAAUGCCAAUUCCAAGGCCUAUUUAAAUGUAUCUGUUGCAAAAUACUCGCUAGCUGUUUCUCAUUUAAAUCUGGAAUUCAAUAUCUUUAUUUCAGUUUCAACAUUUUAAAAAUAAUUUUGUAAGCCUAUCUGAAUAAUUAUUAAUGUACAUUGAUUGUAAGUUCCAUGAAAUAUUUCAAUUCGAAA